AGUUGUUUAAGUGUUAUUAACUAAUAUAGGAAUUCAAAAUAAAAGAACUUUUGAAAUUAUUUACAUGAGUUGUACGUUUAUUCAACCCUUAUUGAUGACAAUAAUAUUGUCGUUUUCGUUCAGUCGACACGCCUGUACAUAUUUCGUAUAGUUAUUUGUAUUAAGUCAGCGUUAUUGUUAUUGUUUUUCGAAUUUCAGCAUAUUAGAUGUUAUCCUAGCAGAUGGAAAUGCCGUCUUACUGACGUUGAUUAUUUAAAUUGUUUUUUAAAAAACAUUUAUAGAACCGGAAAUCAUGAAAACUGCUCUGAUGGUAGCGGAAAAGCCAUCUUUGGCAUCUUCUCUAGCAAAUAUAUUAAGCAAUGGGCAUAGUAGUUCAAGAAAAAGUAACUACAUUUUUAUACAUUAAAUAUUCAUAAAUUGGAUUAUAGAUAUCACUCAACGCAGUAUUAUACAUUCAUCUAAUUAUAUUGUAUUUAUACAUAAAAUGAUUUUAAAAAUGUCGCUCUAUAACUAAUUAAUAAUUAUAAAAUAUUCAAUGGACAAUUUGAAAUUUGUAUUUUAUUAUUUUUAGAAUCUAUAUGGGAGCACCUAACACCAAUUAAUAUAUAUUAUUUUUCCAUUUUGUUAUCUACAUUGAAUUUUAUUUUGAAAUAUUUUUAUUUGAUAGGUAUUCUUUUAUAUUUCAGUCAAUGGUCAGCCAUUUAAAUAUCACCCAACAGUUUUAAAGUUGGCUCUACAAAUAUGAGACGUUAUAUGUAUAGUUUUUAUGUUCUUAUGUAUAAUGAAUAACUAUCUUAUUUUUUUAUUUCGUUUUGAUAUUAUAAUCUUAUUAGAGUGAUAAUUUUCCAAAUUAUGAAUUUAAAUGUAAACUACAGGUUUACAGUGUAUUUAUAUAAUAUUGGCAAAAUAUUUUAUAUAUUUAACCAAAAGUCAGUGUAGAAAUGUUAGAUAAUCUCACAGGAAAUCUGUGGUAAUCAUUGGGAAAAUUGUGGUUUUCUGGUAUCUGGUGUAUAAACUAGUGAUUUGUGAUUUUUUCUUUGUAUUUGAUUAUAAUUCAUUGAUUGGUUUAACAUAAAUUACUUUUUUGUAGGUAUUUAGUUAACUUUAAAUAAGUAUUAGGGACUUAAAUAUUAUAUAAGAUAAGUAUUUGUAGGUAUAUGUUAUGAUAUAUUAUGUUAUAUUUAUAAUAGGUAUGAAUUCUGCAUGUCCUGUGCAUGAAUGGUCAGGGACAUUUUUUGGCGAAUCAGUUAUUUUUAAAAUGACUUCUGUUUGUGGACAUGUAAUGACGUUAGAUUUCAACAGUAAAUUCAACAACUGGGAUAAAGUUGAUCCAGUAAUCCAAAUUUAUAUUAUGCUUAAAUAAAAUUAGAAAUUUAUUGAACAUUGUUAAAUUAAAUUUACAAACAGGAAGAGCUUUUCUCUUGUCCAACUGAAAAGAAAGAAGCAACUCCUAAGUUGCGUAUUCCAGCUAUGUUGGCAUCUGAGGCUCGUGGAGUAGACUAUUUAGUAUUAUGGUUAGAUUGUGACAAAGAAGGUGAAAAUAUUUGUUUUGAAGUCAUUGAUGCUGUUAAAAGUUCUAUGAAACGUUCUGGUGAAAUGAAUGUAAGUACAUACUAGUUUAUUAAUUAUCAUAAAAUGUUGAUAUUGUACACUCAAGUGUAUAGAUAAUAUAUUACUAAUUAAUACACCCUCAUUUUUAACAAGUAAUUUAUUUUAACUACAAAUAGGUUUCUUAUUAAAAUGGAUUUUAAUACUUUUAUUAAUUUUACAUUAAAUUGUUUUUUACAAUAUAUAACCUAUUGUAUAAUACAUAGAUAAAUAUACCCAUUGCAAUAUCUUGGAAAAUAUUUAUUUAUUUUUUUGAAAAUUUAAAAAAUAAGCAAUUUUAAAAUGUUUUAUUUGUUGUCAACUUUUUUUUUUUUUUGGUAUGAAAUGACUACCUACUUUUGAUUUUCAAAUGACAAAACAUUUUAAAAAUCCAUAGAUGUAUAGAAUAUUAGUUUAAAUUUUUGAUUUCCUUUCACUGUUUACGAGAUAUUUCACUUUUUAGUUUGAAUGGGGGAGAGAACAGGUGGAACUCUUCCCCGACCUAAACUUAAAAGUGAAAUACCUUGUCAAUGAGUUGAUGGAAAUCAAUAAUUUCAACGCUAUAAUUUAUUUUAGCUAUUACUCCAUCUAUUUAUAUUUUUUUUUAUUAUAGAUUGCUAUUUGAAAAUCAAACAAAGGUUGUGGUUUUACUCCAAAAAUGAGGGUGACACAAAAUAACAUAAACGUAAAAUUGUAGAGCUAUUUAUUAAUUAAAUGUUCUUUAGAACAAAUUCCAAAAAUAAAUAAUAAAUAGAUCACUUAAUACUUAACCAUAUUUAUUUACAUUGUUUGUAGAGAAUUUGGAGAGCAAAAUUUUCAGCCAUUACAGCAAAAGAUAUUAAAGGAGCUAUGGAUAGAUUAGAUUAUCCUAAUCGUAACGAGGCCAUGAGUGUUGAUGCCAGACAAGAACUUGAUCUUCGUAUUGGUUGUUCAUUUACUCGUUUUCAAACUAAAUAUUUUCAAGUAAUUUUACUAUUUUGUAUUAGGUAGUAUUGAUAUUUAAUAAAUAUUUGAUUAAAUAUAGGGAAAAUAUGGUGAUUUGGAUUCAUCUUUAAUAUCUUAUGGACCAUGUCAAACACCAACACUAGGCUUUUGUGUUCAACGGCAUGAUGAAAUUCGUAGGUUUAAACCCGAGCCAUAUUGGGUUAUACAAGUAAGUAAAAUAUAAUAAAUAGUAAUUGCACAAAUAAAUACAUAUACAUUUUUAUAUACGUUUAUGUAGGUUACCAUUCAAUCAAAGGAUGGGCAAGAUGUAGUUCUUAAUUGGGAAAAAGGUCGUUGUUUUGAUCGUGAUGCUUCCAAUAGUUUACUUCAAGCCUUAAAAAAACAACAAGUAGCAACGUAAAUAAAUUAAAAUAUAAAAUAAUUUUAUUAAAUGUCAGAUUUGUUAAAUAAUAUUAUUUUUUAGUGUUAUCUCAAUAACUCAACAAGAGAAGGUAAAGCAACGUCCUUUGGCUUUAAAUUCUGUAGAGCUUAUGCGAGCCGCAAGUACUGGAUUGGGAAUGGGUCCCCAUCAUGCUAUGCAAUUAGCUGAGCGGCUUUAUACUCAAGGUUACAUUAGCUAUCCAAGAACAGAAACUUCUCAUUAUUCAGAUAAUUUUGAUAUGGUGUAAGAAUACAAUAUACCACAUUAAUAAAUUAAUUUUAUGUAUAUCAAAUUUUUAAUUGUGUACAAUUAUUUAUUAUACGUUUUAGUGGAGCAAUGAAAAAUUUACAGAAAAGUUCUGAAUGGGGUCAAGAUAUACGUCAAGUACUUAAUAAUGGUUUAACUAGACCGAGAAAUGGUAAAGACUGUGGUGAUCAUCCUCCAAUUACACCUACUAUGUUAGCAUCUCGCAAUGAACUAGAUGGAGACUCAUGGAAACUUUAUGACUUUAUUGUACGACAUUUUGUUGCUACAAUAUCAAAAGAUUGCAGAUAUUAUUCUAAAACAGUCUCCUUUAAAAUUGGUACAGAAACUUUUACAUAUAACUGGCGAACAUUAAUUGAUGCUGGAUUUACUGCCAUUACUCCAUGGAAGGCUUUGCCUAAAAAUGAACUGGCUGUCAAUUUUGAACGUGAUGAAAAACUUAAUAUUAAAGAUGUAAUUUAAAUGUAUUAAAAUAAAUAGUAGUUAGUAAUUAUGUGUUUGGUAGACAUUUGUUGUUUAAUGAUUUAAUAUUAUAUAGGCUAGACUUACUGAUCACUUGACGAGUCCUCCAGGUUAUCUUACAGAGUCUGAAUUAAUAUCGAUGAUGGAAAAACAUGGGAUUGGAACAGAUGCUUCUAUUCCUGUUCAUAUAAAUAAUAUAUCCCAGCGAAAUUAUGUAACUGUUGCACCUGGACGUAGACUCGUACCAACUAAUUUGGGUAUAGUUUUAGUGCAUGGAUAUCAAAAGGUUUGCAUAACAAUUAAAUUAAGUUUUUAUUUAAGAUAGUUUAAAUUAAGUUUACUACUAAAGAUAGUAUACAAACCUUUUCAAUUAUUAUCUGAAUGCAAUAAUAUUUAUGUGAAAAAAUAAAAAUAAUUAAUAUAUUCAACAAUUAUAGUUAGGUAAUAAAAUGUGAAUUGAACUUAGAUGAUACUUAAAGGAAGUAAUCUUUAGAAUUACAUAGGAAAUUAAAAGAAACAGAAAAUUCAUAAAAAAAAAAAAAAAAAAUACUAGCAUUUAUAUUUUAAUCCAAAGCUUCUGUGAAUUACAACUUUAUUAUACUGGUUUAUUUAGAUUGAUAAACAAUUGGUUGAACCUACAAUGCGUUCUACAAUUGAAGAUCAGUUGAAUCUAAUAGCUAAAGGUGAAGCUAAUUAUGAUCGUGUUCUUAGACAAACUAUCGAAGCUUUUCGACAAAAAUAUUUGUAUUUUGUUAAAUCGAUUGAAUCGAUGGAUUCUCUAUUUGAAGUUUCAUUUACUACUUUAGCUGCUACUGGAAAGGCACUUUCAAGGUAAUUUUAAAUUAUAAUACAUAAAUUCAUAUUUUAUUUGACAGGUGUUUUAACUUAAAAUUAAAAUACAUUUGUAUAUUAUUUAAAAUAGUUUUUUCGAAAAAAAUAUUAAUAGUUUUUUUCUUUUAUUCUGUUUUAAUAGAUUAAUUUUAAUUGCAGGUUUUAGUAGUAAUUAUAUAUCCAUUUUUAAUUCUUUUUAUACAGAUGUGGAAAAUGUCGACGUUACAUGAAACUUAUUAUAGCAAAACCAUCCCGUUUGCAUUGUUCACAUUGUGAUGAAACCUAUAAUUUGCCUCAAAAUGGAAACAUCAGAAUUUAUAAAGUAAAUUUGUAUCAUUAGUUUUGUUGAUGAAAAAAAAAUGUUUGAUGUAUUUUUUUUAGGAAUUAAAAUGCCCGUUGGAUGACUUUGAGUUGGUAACUUGGUCAACUGGAAAUAAAGGCCGAAGUUAUCCAUUAUGUCCUUAUUGUUAUAAUCAGCCAGCCUUUAGAGAUAUGAAAAAACAUAGUGGUUGUAAUCUAUGUCUUCAUCCUACUUGCCCACAAGGAUUUUAUGUUAAUGGAAUUGCUAGUUGUUUGCAAUGUGAUAGUGGAGUAUUAGUCUUAGAUCCUUCAUCUGGGCCUAAAUGGAAAGUUGGUUGUAACAAAUGUGAUGUAAUAUUCCAUUUGUUUGAAGACGCACAUAAAAUUACUGUUGAAGAAAGUAAAGAAUGUGAUUGUGGAGCACAGUUAUUAAAAAUAGAAUACAAAGAGGUAUUUAAAAUACAUAAUUGAUAUUUUCUAAAUUAAUUAGUAAAUUAUAACUUUAAUUUUAUAUGUAUAUAUAUAUAUAUACUGUAGGAACGUACUCGACUACCCCGUGAUCUUAUUGAAAUGACUGGUUGUUUAUUUUGCUGUGAUGAGUUUGGAUAUUUAGUUGAGAAAUUCAGGGCUCAAGCGUCUAAACCAGUAUUCAACAAUCGUCAGGGCCGUGGAAAAGCAAAACAUAAGGGUAAAGGUAAACCAAAACCUCCUAAAGAUAAAAUGGCACAAUUGGCAUCUUAUUUUGUAUAAAAAACAAAAGAAAAAAAACAUCAUCCAAAUAUUAUCAAUUAUAAAAAUAAAUACAUUUUCAUAUGUUAAGUAUCUGAUAAUACCUACUGUACUUACUUAUAAUAUGUUACUAAUUAUGAUUAACUUUUCUUUAUAACUUAACUUUAAGUCAUUAUGCUGAAUCUCAAAUAUAUAUUUCUGAAUAUUAUUGCCAUUAAACGUGCAAUAAAUAUUAUAUUUCAAAAAAUAGCAACUUAAUAUUAUUUAAGGAGAGAAAUAAAUUAUGUAUGAAUAUAAAUAGUACACAAAAAUCAUACAAUCAUUAUACAUUUAUUUUGAAUUAAUAAAUCCUUGAUUUUGCUUGAAACAAUAGUUUUUUUUUACUUUUUAAUACUAAUAAAUAUUUUAUAAUUAUUAAUAUAAAAACUAAAUAUACUUAUUUUUCUAAUAAAUUAUUUAAAAUUUAACCUAGUAUUCUCACAGUAUUUAUAUUUAAUGAAAAUAUAACUAUUCAUCACUUUUUAUUUUCUUUAUAUAUUAUAUACAUAAUACACAAAUAAUAUGAUAAAAUAUUCAAAUAGUAACACUUA